GUUGAUUUUUAGUGUCCAUGGAAAUGUACUCAAAUGUAGUUGAAUGAGUCAGCAGGCGGGUUACACGUUCCACUGUGCCGAGAUGUGAGGCGCAGGUGGUGACGAUCACCCUCUAAGGCUCAUGAAAGAUUGGGCGUAUUGUCUGUUUAUACAAUGUAAGAAAUUUGGUGAUAUAUUGAUGCAACUUCAAGGAUUCAUUCAACAGACGAUUACGUUCUGACGACGAUUUCUUCCUUUCGAUCAGCUUCGUCGAGUUUCCCACUGCGAUUGUCUGCGGCGGGACGUUGUUCUGAGCCACAAACCCAGGCUUGAUCUUUCACAUUUCCCAGAGAUCAUCGCUCUGGUGGUGUGCUGAUGUGUUCAGUUUGGACGGAAAAUACUGGAGAGAUUGACUAAAAAUGCAAAUGACCAACACGGUUAGUUGUUACUUGUUAGCGUAAAGUUAAGUGACCGUUCUGUUAAAGAACCAAAGUUAGGUGACGAAAGGUGAAAAUAUUUAUGAAAUUCGAGAUUGAUUGCAGCAGAAGUCGACUUUUUCUGGUUUUCAGCUAAAAUUGAGUGGUUCACGAACUUGGUUCCUGGACUCUGACUCUCCUCCGGCUUCGCGUCGUCACCAUUAAAAAAAAAGCUUCCUCUCUGUUCAAAGGAAAAUACCAUGUGGAUGUGGGCUUCCUCCAUCUCCAUUCUGCCAUCCACACCCUUGGUUUCUCCGACGACACUUAUUAAACUCACCGUCCCCACUAAACCGGCCGGUUUCCCCGCCGCCCCUCGCUGCCGUUCAUCGUACGCAGUUCCAGCCAAGGCACAAGAAACAGAGGAUUCUACUGCAGGGGACGAGAAACAGGGGACACCGAACCAAUUGAGAGGGCUGGAUGUGCUGUUGGCUAUGCAGAAGGUGGCUGCCGUGAAGAGCAAAGUCAAGAAUCGGAAGAGAAUCGGUCAAUUGCGGGAAUCCCCUCCUCCCUCCGGCGACGAAGAGGCGUCGACGGAUUACAGCAAUGUUCGGCCGGUGCGCGUGAAGAAAGAGUGGAGCGCAAAAUUGGAUGAUUUGGAAAAGCGCCUUCGCCGGCUUUCUUCCGAGGAGACCUAAUUAACGAACGGAAUGAAUUUUUCCGCUUCUUCUAAUUUCCCUUUUUUCUCGAUUCAUUUGAAGUCGAGGGUCGCUCGCCACCGCCGGCGGCCUCGCCUUCCCCGUCCGUCUCUUGUUCAAUCCAAAAAAUGGACGAAAUGUAAAGUUAAGUGAUCAUUCUGUGAAGAAAAUGAAGUUCGGUGGUAAAAAGGUGAAUCGCUUGAAUUCAGUGGGUGUGAAGUGAAAUAGACUUUUCAGCCAAAUUCAGUAUUUUAUCGCCCACGAGCUUGGACUCUCCUCUCCCGCUUCACUGCCCCCAUUAGAAAAAAGCUUGCUCUCGCAC